AAAGCAAAAGCAGCAUAGUUAGAACUUUGAGAGAAGAUCGAGAUAAGAUAAAAAACGUAGUAAAAGAGAUAAAAAUGGAAGAAGUGGGGAGACUCCGGGAAGUGGAAGGAUUUGAGAAUGAUCCAAAGAUGGAAGAGCUUGCUCGUUUCGCCAUCGAUGAGCACAACAGGAAAAAAAAUGAGCGGUCUUUGGAACUUGUGAAGAUAGCGAAUGUGAAUCAACACGAGGUGGUUUGUGGUAUGAUGUACUAUAUGCAAUUGCAUGCACUAGACACCGAUGAGGGUAUCACCUUUCUUUACGCUUCCCCAGUUUUGGUCAAGUCUGAAGACAACUCAAAGGAGGCCGAUCGGUUAAUACUUUUUAGAGAAGUCAAGGAUGAUGACUAGGACGACGAGGCUUAUUAAUUUUUCAUACUUCCUAAUUAAAAGUUCAAAUCGACGGCGUAAGGUGGGAGUUGAUCAAUUAAUGGAGCCAAGUUCAUUCUGAGAAUAUAACGCGUAAAUUGUGAAUCGCGUCUUCUUCUUCUUCUUUUUUAAGCUGUUAUAUAAGUUUUAUACUUUCACAUGUUGUACUCAGUAAUUAACGUGUUGAUUUUGUAUUAAUUAUGUCAAUGUUAUUAUGUAUAAUGUUAAACAUAUAUUAUAUAUGUUUUUGGGGAAUGUAGUAACAUAUUUUUAUAAACUUUGUAUUUCGACAAUUUGUUCCAUUUAUAUCUUUUAGUUAUUAUUAUUA